CUCACUCUCUCUUUCUCAGCUCAAUAGUUGAAAACCGAAAGCAUUUGAUUUCACUUGUCUAAUCCUAAUAUUCUAAUUUUCUAUUCUCAACUCUUCAAUCUCUUUCUCAGGGUUAGGGUUUUGUUUUUCCUUAUGGCUUCCUCUUCUUCGGAUCCUUGCUUGAAACCAGAACUGGGCGGCGGCGGUGGCAGUAGUGGUGGUAGCGCCGGUGGAGGUGGAGAGAGUUCAGAGGCAGUAAUAGCUAAUGAUCAGCUGUUACUGUAUAGAGGGCUAAAGAAACCUAAGAAAGAGAGAGGCUGCACUGCUAAAGAACGUAUAAGCAAGAUGCCUCCUUGCACAGCCGGUAAACGCAGCUCUAUUUACCGUGGUGUCACUAGACAUAGAUGGACUGGUCGAUAUGAAGCUCACCUCUGGGACAAAAGUACAUGGAACCAGAAUCAGAACAAGAAGGGAAAGCAAGUAUACUUGGGGGCAUAUGAUGAUGAGGAGGCUGCAGCCAGAGCAUAUGAUCUUGCUGCCUUAAAAUAUUGGGGCCCCGGAACACUCAUUAAUUUUCCAGUUACUGAUUAUACAAGAGACCUUGAAGAAAUGCAGAAUGUGUCAAGGGAGGAAUACCUGGCAUCUCUUCGGAGAAAGAGUAGUGGCUUUUCAAGAGGAAUCUCUAAAUACCGUGGACUUUCCAGUCGGUGGGACUCAUCAUUUAGUCGUAUGCCCGGAUCUGAAUAUUUCAGUAGCAUAAAUUAUGGUGCAGCCGAUGACCCAGCAUCAGAGAGUGAUUAUGUUGGGAGUCUUUGUUUCGAGAGAAAAAUUGAUCUAACAAGUUAUAUCAAAUGGUGGGGGUCGAACAAAACUCGUCAAGCAGAAUCCAUCUCAAAGUCAUCUGAAGAGGCCAAGCAUGGUUAUGCCGAAGAUGUUGGUGGUGAACUUAAAACAUCAGAAUGGGCAGUCCAGCCUACUGAGCCAUACCAGAUGCCCUGUUUAGGCAUGCCGAUUGAUGGAAAAAAGCACAAAGGCUCUUCAUUCUCUGCCUUGAGCAUUUUGUCAAAAUCAGCAGCAUACAAGAGCUUGCAAGAGAGAGCUUCAAAAAAGCAAGAAAACCGUACUGAUAAUGACGAGAAUAAAAACAAAAAUACCAACAAGAUGGAUUAUGGCAAAGCAGUUGAGAAGUCUACAAGCCAUGAUAAUAGUAAUGAGAGACUUGGAGCUGCAUUAGGAAUGACUGGUGGAUUGUCUCUUCAGAGAAAUGUGUAUCAAUUGACUCCUUUCUUGCCUGCUCCACUUCUAUCCAACUACAAUACCAUUGAUCCCUUAGUAGACCCCAUCCAUUGGACGUCUCUUGUUCCUGUUCUCCCUACUGGACUUGCUCGUAAUUCUGAGGUCACGAAGACGGAAACCAGUUCAACUUAUACUUUCUUUAGGCCAGAGGAGUGAUUGCAUUUCUAGGUUGAUUCCGCAAUUUAUGGGAAGGCAGGUACUUGAGAGGUUUCCCAGCAUGAAAAAUGUAGGAGAAGUCUUUUCUUAUAAUUUAAUUCCUUUUGCCUUUUGGAAUCCAUUUUCUUUUGCAGCUUAAUAUUACAUGUGUUUUAGCUAGUAUACAAGUGGAAAUAUUUAAUGUAUAUGCAUAUUGGUCACAUAUAGAGUUUUCAGCAUAUCCUGAUGUAUUAUUUUAUGUAAAAUUUUUAUAUGAGGUUGGAUGAACAGAGGCUUGUGUUAGAACAGAACAGGGAUUAUUACAUGACUUUCUUUGCAGUUGAUAGUUGUAUUGUACAGAAAUAAAUAUCCUCAGAUAUCACAUUCAACAUU